AUCAAGCCUGCUCUCUUCUACAUUCUUUCCAAAAGAAACAUACCACGAAUUACUAAUAGUUACUCAGAUAGCAGUCGAGACUCAACUCUCUUUGACGACGUCAUGGAGAUGGACGUCCUCUUGCGAUCCAGCUCCCCGCCGAGUAUUUUUUCCCGUCUCGUGCUCCAACUGUCGGUGUUGAACAUUUUUUCUUCAAAUGUCGUCGUCCCGGUCUCUUGCCAAACACAAAGACGCGACGAGCGGCAACAAGGACACGCUAAACUCCAAGCUAAACCAGCCCAAGUGCUAGAAGACCCCACUAGAGUCACCAUCCAGCCGCUGGAGGGCACGACGCAUUGCGUGUGGAGCUCCGGUACCAAUUUUUACCUGUACGACCGAUUUUUUGUCCAUUGGGACAUUCCGCAUUCCCACUCCUACGGCUGGGUGGCCCCGAUCAAUUGCUCUCAAAGUGAGUCGUCAUGCAGCCAGCAGACUACAGUAGAAAGAGCAUUAGUGGGGGAGCAUGUCAGCAAGAGUGCCAACCGCGUUGGCGAUGCGACACUUGAUGAUACAACUCGUCAAAUCAGCUUCGGUCCAGUACCUGUAAUUUCUGAUCCGACGCAGGCCUUUUUCUCUUCCAUCGACUGGACGUUACACGGCUACCAGAGCCAGCCUCUCCCGCAAUUUGCGCCAAACUUGGAGGUGGGCUUCGCGACGCUGCUGGACCCCGAAAUCGAGCUGGAUUUGGGCGCCGAGGAGAAUUAUCAACUGCAAAAAUGUCUGGGUCUGGAAACUUGUGAUGCAAGUCCGUGAACAGUAAGCGCUCUGUAAUGCGCCGCCAAGCAUGACAAGUUUUUUCGUGCUUCUGUGAUGCGUAUUUCGCAUGAGAAACUGCGCUUUUGCAUGACAGGCAAGAGGACUUCUUGGUGGCCGCGCAAUACAGAGUGCAGAGUCAUGCCAGACUACUUAGCAUGACAAUCUUCAUCCAGACCCAGACACUUUUGCACUUGAUAAGGAUGACGGUAUUAAUUGGCGAACCAUCCGUUUUUCAGAUGAAGCUUUGGCCUUGCAGAACACUAAGGAAGAGGAGAAAAGCACAAAGAGCAGCACCUCCACUACUCCAGCAACCAAUGAUGGUGAUGGAGCUGCCUUGGAUGGACCAGAGCAAGCAUUAGCUGCAGUGGAUAAUGAACAUCUUUACCCGCACGAAGAUGCCUCCGAAACUACAAGCCCGGGGAACCAAGUUCCAUCGUCAGCCGCAGCAGCUCUUGCAGGGACAAGUGUCUUGUCCACAGAGGACUUCAGCCCAGCUGCAGCAAAAUCGUGGCUAAAAAGAACACUCGGCAGCUACUUCCCGUCGUGGUGGUCUUCAUCAAUGAAUCAGAAUCGGGAAAUUCCAAGUAGUCGACCUAACGUCGACGGCCACUGGAAUGAUCAGAGUUUUCACCAGCUGCCGGACAACGAGGGCGAAAAUGCCUUUCCCUUUCUGCAUCUACUUGCCAAUCAUGAGCGGGACGAGCAACAACAUGAUUCCGCACGGUCGUCCCAUGAUUUCUCGGGCACCAAGCAAACAGCAGCUUCUCCUCCAACAUUGCUUUCCGACCCCCCUUCGAUGAACAACCGCUUACUAUGGCGCGCCCGCAGUCUGAUCGGUACCCGCAUUACCACAGCGGAGCACACGAGCUGCUGCAUCCAGCACAUGACAGAAACGAAAUCGAGAAGUGGGGAUACAGUUUUUACUGCAGUAGUUGCACCAGGAACAUCAAGACCCUUGAUGCCGCAUCAUGAUCUUCAAGGCUUCGUGUUAACCGAAUACUGUGUCAAGGUAGAGGAACCAGCUGACAAAGAUGAUGAAAAGGCGAAAUGGGACGAAUCACCACUCACCUCGCGGGUAAAACUAAAAGACGUCGUAAAAAUCCCCUGGUAUGUCAACAAGACCCGAGCCGAGAUUUCCGCGGGGAUAAAACGCCGAUGCAUUGAGGAACAAGAUUUGCUGGACCUGAAAAACCGCGACUUCCUGCGCAGAAUCGUCCCCACAAACGCGACAGCGUGGGAGUACUGGCGAAAGCAACUGGCGAAGCAGGAUAAAGAUGUCGAACGAGCACGACUAGAAGAGAGGCCGCAAGCGCACGGGCAAGGAGAUGGUCCUUCUGCGAGAGGCACAUCCAUGCCGUCCUCGCGGUCUGCCCGCGCGACGUUUGCAGAACCGUGGAUUGAAGCCUAUCCGCAAGGGUAUGUGGAUGUGAAUGUGGGCGACGACGUUAAUCUAAAGAGUCCCGUCGAGCAAGAGGAAAAUGGAAUGAAGAAAACCAUGGGUGAAGAACUACAGCGUCAGGUGCGACAGGUCAAAGACAAUGAACAUGAUGCAGCUCCAUCAAAUCUUCACCUGUUAAUACCUUCCGAGAGCACACAACGAGCUGAAGAACCUUUCCGAGGCGAGGAAUCCGACGUUGAUCAUGCUGAAGGUGAAGUAGAACUACUGUACAGCUGAUGACUUUCAUUUUCAACAAAGACUUUUCCGUGAAUAGGAUCUGCUCCAGUCCUUUGGCUUCCGUGUUAUAUUUUUCGAAGACGCAGCUCCCCGUACCCUGAU